AUGGAGUUAGCUCACAGUUUACUACUUAAUGAAGAAGCUUAUAACCAGCUUGGUGAAUUUCAGAAAGCAGAGUUCAUUUUUGAAUGGCUGCAGUUUUUGGAAAGACUCUUACCAGUGACUAGCAGAGCUGAUAUAAGGGAAAACCAGAAGAAACUGGUUGAACAAUUGACUUCUUUAUUGAACAAUUCACCAGGACCUCCUACCAGACGGCUUGUUGCCAAGAAUUUAGCUGUACUUUAUAGCACUGGAGAGACUUUUUCUGUUUUCCAAACAAUUGACAAAUGCAAUGAACUAAUUCGGAGUAAAGAUGAUUCACCAAGUUAUCUGCCUACAAAACUUGCUGCAGUGGUUUGCUUGGGAUAUUUAUACAAAAAAUUGGGAAGAAUUUUGGGAAGCAGUUUUACUGACACCGUUGGGAAUGUGCUUAAAGCAAUGAAGAAUGCAGAGUCUCAAGGUCGUUAUGAAAUCAUGCUUAGUUUGCAAAAUAUAUUAAAUGGUUUAGGAGGAGCUGCUAUCCCCUGUCACAGAGAUAUUUACAAAGCUGCCCGAUCAUGUUUGACAGAUCGCUCCAUGGCCGUACGCUGUGCUGCUGCAAAGUGUCUCCUUGAACUUCAGAAUGAAGCAGUAUUUAUGUGGACUACAGACCUGGAUAGUGUUGUGACCUUGUGUUUUAAAUCCUUUGAAGGUUCCAAUUAUGAUGUACGAUUAGCAGUUUCAAAAGUUUUAGGCACAGUCUUGGCUAGAGCUCUAACAUCUAAACAGACACCAGCAUCCACCAGGCAUAACUUCCGCAGAAUCACUUUGGAAGAAGUUUUGGAACUGUUGGGAACUGGAUUUCUGCGUGGAAGUUCUGGAUUUCUACGAGCCAGUGGCGAUAUGUUGAAAGGGACCAGUUCAGUCAGCAGAGAUGUUAGAGUUGGUGUCACCCAGGCAUAUGUGGUAUUUGUCUCUACAUUAGGAGCAAAAUGGCUUGAAAGGAACUUCUCUACCUUCCUUUCCCAUAUUCUAGAUCUGGUGUCUCAGUCUCACCCUAAGGCAAUUCAGAGUCAGACGGAUGCCAUCGGCUGUCACCGCUGUGUUUCAUUUAUCCUUCGAGCUACAGUAGGAGGCCUUCUUGGGGAAAAAGCUCAAAUUGCAGCUGCCAAGGAGAUUUGUCAGGCCAUCUGGAAACUGAAGAAAGUUGUGGAUGCUGCAAUGAGUGACACUAACUUGGAAACAAGAACUAAUGCAGCGGAUGUAACAGCAAGUCAGCAUGUGCUGGUGUGCGCACUUCAGGAGCUCGGCAGUCUAAUUCAUGGCUUAGGAACUACAGCUGCACCACUACUGCAAGACUCCAGUAUAGGAGUUCUGGAAGCAGUAAUUUCUGUCGUUCUUCAUCCCAGCAUUCCAGUUAGACUAACAGCAGCCUGGUGUUUACGCUGUAUUGCAGUAGCAUUGCCCUCCUGUGUGUCCCUACUGUUGGAUCGUUGCAUUGAACGUCUUAAUACAUUGAAAUCUUCCCCAGAAGCAGUAACUGGCUACAGUUUUGCUAUUGCUGCUUUGCUGGGUGCAGUAAAACAUUGUCCUUUAGGAAUUCCACAUGGAAAAGGAAAGGUAAUCAUGACAUUAGCAGAGGAUUUGUUGUUCUCUGCUUCUCAGAACAGUCGCGUUUCACUGCAGCGAACACAGGCUGGAUGGCUGUUGGUAGCAGCCCUCAUGACAUUAGGUCCUGCAGUUGUCCAACACCAUCUGCCACGAAUGCUGUUAUUGUGGAAGUGCAUCUUUCCAUCAUCUCCUAAAGACCUAGAAACAGAAAAGACACGAGGAGAUUCAUUUACCUGGCAAGUAACACUGGAAGGUCGUGCUGGUGCUCUCUGUGCUAUCAAAAGUUUUGUUUCCCACUGUGCUGGUCUUCUUACGGAUGAAGUUGUUCAGAGACUUCUUCCUCCUCUCCCAAGUGCUGUUAAUUUAUUGACACAGCUUUCUUCAAUAAGUAAAUCAUAUGGAAAUUCUUUGAAAACAUCAUCAACAGUUUACAGACAGAAACUUUAUGAAUUAUUAUCAGUAUUGCCACCAAAGACCUAUGAAGGAAGCUUCUCUGCUGUUCUAAAAGAGUUAGUGGCUGACCUGACUGUCCCAGAUAGCCAGAUCGACGCCUCUACGUUCUUGCUUCCACCCCUUUGUCAUGAGAAUGAUCUCCUUUUACUUGGUCCCUUACUGCAGGAGACUGACCACCGAUUUAUCGAAGAGCAGCUCCUUUUAGGUAACAGCACAGCUGGUGGCAGCCUGGAGUAUGACCCCCACUCAAUUUAUGAGAAAGCUGCAAAAGGUGAUUCAGUACCUAAACCACUACCUCCUGUAUUGUCUGUUAUCAGUGCAGCAACUCGUCUUUUUGGAGUUAUGUUUUCCCAUGUAGCAGAAUCUCACAGGCUCCAGGUGUUAGAACAGUUGUUGAAUUCCAUAAAGCAAACAAAAGGAUCACGGCAACAAAUAGUGCAGCUAAAUGUUGUGUCAGCCCUUUCUACUUCCUUAAAGCACUUGGCUAACUGCAAGGGAAGUUUAGGUCCAGAAGAAGUUAGAAGGUCUGCCCUGACAUUGGUAAUGGGUGCCUUGGAAAGCAAUAAUCCACUCCUAAGGUGUGCUGCUGCAGAGUGUUUGGCCAGAUUGGCACAGGUGGUUUCUGACAGUGCCUUCACUGCUGGAUUAGCACAAGUCAGUUUUGACAAGCUAAAAUCUGCUAGAGAUAUGGUAUCAAGAACAGGUCAUUCUUUGGCUCUGGGAUGUCUGUACAGGUACCUAGGAGGAAUAGGCUCUAGUCAGCACCUGAAUGCAUGUGUUGGGAUCCUUUAUACUUUAUCUCAGGACAGUACUUCUCCUGAUGUACAGGCAUGGGCACUACAUUCGCUGUCACUGAUAGUAGAUCUAGCUGGGCCCUUAUAUCACGUCCAUGUGGAACCUACCUUGUCUCUUGUCCUCAUGUUAUUGUUGACUGUGCCUCCUGCUUACGCUGAAGUUCACCAAAGCCUUGGUCGCUGUUUAAAUGCACUUAUUACCACACUGGGUCCUGAGUUGCAAGGCAGCAGUACAACAGUUUCAGCCUUAAGAACUUCCUGUCUCCUUGGAUGUGCAGUGAUGCAGGAUAAUCCCGAUUGUCUUGUUCAGGCUGAAGCAAUCUCUUGCCUUCAGCAGCUUCACAUGUUUGCUCCUCGACAUGUCAACUUGUCUAGCCUUGUAAGCUGCCUGUGUAUGAAUCUCUGUAGCUCAUAUUUAUUACUGAGACGGUCGGUAGUAUCUUGCUUACGUCAGCUUGUGCAAAGAGAAGCUGCAGAGGUAUCAGAAUAUGCUGUUGCAUUAGUUAAAGAGAGCAGAGAAGAUUUUACUCCAGGUAAUUGGGGUUUAUGUGGUUGCUACUGCUCACAGACUUUGUUCUUAUCAGAUGUUAACAUCAGAGAAAUAGGCCUGGAGGGGGCAUUGCUGAGCUUGCUGGACAAAGAGUUGGAUCAAAGACUGUGCCAAGAUAUCAAAGAAACUCUGACUCAUAUGCUUACUUCAAUGGCAGUUGAAAAGCUCUCUUUUUGGCUGAAGCUUUGCAAAGAUGUCCUUGCUGCCUCAGCUGAUUUCAAUACAGUAGCUUCACUAGAUACCACUCAAGAAGAGGAAACUGCCAAAGUAGACGAUGCAUCUGUAUUAACGUCUGACAGUGAUGAGAGAUUCCAUCCAUUCAGGAAUCCACGAUGGUCUACCAGAGUUUUUGCUGCAGAGUGUGUUUGUAAAAUUAUAAGCCAGUGUGAAAAUGCAGGCAGUGCACAUUUUGACAUAACUUUGGCUCAGGAAAGAAAACAACGUGAUUCAAGAGGUGACUUUUUGGUUUUGCAUUUAGCUGACUUGAUCCGUAUGGCUUUCAUGGCUGCCACAGAUCACAGUGACCAACUUCGUCUUUCUGGGCUUCAAACUUUGCUAAUUGUUGUUCGGAAGUUUGCGGCUGUUCCAGAACCAGAGUUCCCAGGUCAUGUAAUUCUGGAGCAAUAUCAGGCUAAUGUUGGAGCAGCACUUAGGCCUGCCUUUGCUCCUGAAACUCCUCCUGAUGUCACAGCAAAAGCAUGUCAGGUAUGCAGUGCCUGGAUAGCAAGUGGUGUAGUAAGUGAUCUUAAUGACCUUCGAAGGGUUCACCAGUUGCUUGUGUCCUCUUUGGUCAAAGUUCAGGCUGGGAAAGAAGCACAAAGUCAACAAUAUAAUGAAAGCACCUCAACUAUGGAGAUACUGGCUGUGCUUAAGGCUUGGGCAGAGGUUUACAUAGUUGCAGUUGAAAAGCAGAAAAAUCAAAGUGAUGCACAAAACCACCAUUUAAACAUUGCAAACUCUGCAGAAGAAGGCUACAGAGAUGUAACAUCUUCAGCCACUGGACUUCUGGACUUGGUACAGGCAGAUCUUGGAACACUGAGCAAACUCUGGCUUGCUGCACUUCAAGAUUUUGCUCUCUUAACUUUGCCUUCAGAAUACGCAUUGCAACUACCUGCUGAAGGUGGUACAUUUUAUACAGCAGAGACAAUUGAAAAUGCCAGACCUCAUUACUACAACUCCUGGGCACUAAUACUUUAUGCUACAGCAUUAUGGCUUACUAGCACAGGUUUCAUUGUUGUUGAUCCAGAUGAAGGAGUUACUAAUCUCUCUAGACCUGUCACCCCGACUACAAUGUGUCAAGAUUCUUCUACCAGACCCUUGGUGAAAUCUCCUGAGGAUGUGAAUACUGACAGAUUUCAUCUUCUCUUGGGAAUUAGCGUGGAAUUCCUCUGCUCUCCUCGGUCAGAUGCAGCAAUGGAGAGUAUUAUUGCCUGUUUACGGGCCCUACAGGCACUCUUUGAUGUUCCAUGGCCGAGGUCAAAAAUAGGUGGUGAUCAGGAGCUGGGUGUAGAGCUGCUGAAUGUUUUACAUCGACUGAUACUGACCAGAGAAUCACCUGAAAUUCAGCUUGCUGCCCUGGAAGUGGUUCGGCUGAUUCUUUUUGCAGCUCAGGAACACGUGAAGGAGAAGCGGAGAAGUGCAGAAGUUGAUGAUGGUGCUGCAGAAAAGGAAACGUUACCAGAAUUUGGAGAAGGCAAAGACACAGGAGGACUGGUGCCUGGGAAAUCAUUAGUCUUUGCAACACUGGAGUUGUGUUUUUGUAUUCUUGUCAGACAGCUUCCCCAGCUCAACCCUAAAUUAACUUGUAGCCCUGCAGUUCAAUCUGGAAAACAUUUGUUAUUGUCAGAAGAUGGAAGCAGACUAGUAGCAGCAGCAUUAGUUAUUCUCUCUGAUGUUCCUGCAAUCUGCUCUCCUGAAGGAAGUGUUUCAGUUCUUCCUACUAUCUUGUACCUAAUGAUUGGAGUACUUAAAGAGACUGCUGUGAAAGUGCAAGAUGGUCAGUUACCCUUGACAGUUGCUGCAUCUCUACAAGCUCUUAAAGGACUCUUGUCUUCUCCAAUGGCUCGAGCAGAGAAGAGUCGGACUGCUUGGACUGAUCUUCUAUGUAGCGCUUUGAUCACAGUGCUUGACUAUGGGCUUCUCCAAGAACUUGAUGAAGUUAGCCUGCUUACUGCUAUUACAUUAUUUAUUAUAUCUACCAGUCCAGAAGUUACUACCUUAGAGUGCCUUCGAAAGCGUUGUAUUGAGAAGUUUAAAAUAACACUUGCCUCAAAAGAUCCCCUUGUGCAGUAUAAGUGCUACCAGCUGCUGCACUCCAUCUUUCAGCAUCCAAACAAAACUGUGUCAUAUCCUUACAUUCAUUCUCUAGUACCAUCCAUCGUGGGAAAAUUGCAGGAAACAGAAAAAGCAAAACCUGAAAAUGCUGCAGAACUUCAAGUCAUUCAGGAGGGAAUAAAGUUGGUUACAUCUCUUAUAGCCAUGGCUGAGGAAGAGCACCGUGCUCAUUUGGUGGCCUGCCUUCUUCCUAUUCUUAUUUCCUUUCUUUUGGAUGAAAAUGCCCUGGUUUCUGCUACAAACUCAGCAAAAAAUCUACAUGAGUUUGCUUUGCAAAAUCUGAUGCAGAUUGGUCCACAGUACUCAGCAGUUUUUAAAAAACUGAUGGCUUCCUCUCCAACUAUGAAAGCCAGGCUUGAGUCAGCUGUAAAAGGCAAUCAAGAAAGCAUCAAAAUGAAGACUGCUAAACAUGCAAAGAAUCCUGGAAAAAGUUCAAGCAUUCAGCUAAAGACCAAUUUUCUUUAACAUCUGAUAUUGUUAUACUAUGCACUUUGAUAUCAACAGCAAAAAAAUUCUCUUUUAAUUUCUAAUCGGAGUAGGAUCACUAUCAGUUGUUCUCAUGUAUUUCUGUUUGCACUGAGGUAUUACAGAAAGUUUUUAAGAGAAAGCAAACCUUUGAUAACUUUCUGUUAGCAUAAGACUUCUUAAACAUCUCUAAAUACUGUGAAUAAAUCUAUCAGAGAUCAUGUAAUCUGUAUUUUUUUAUUAUUUUGGACUAAAAUUCCAGAAAUGCACAUGCCUGUA